CGAUGUGUCCAAUCAGGAUGUAUUUAAAAACUCUGCCUGACUAGCCCUCAAACACUUUUGACUGAAUGCUUCAUAAAUGCCUGUUCCAACUUGGUAUUUUUCAUUUGCUGUUGACUCUCUAAUGUUGAUUAGAUUAAUGCUGAUAAAUAAUUAUUAGGUUGUUGACACUUUUCAAGAUGCCCCAUAGUAUCUCCAGCUCUCACUUUCGUGAGGUUCCUUAUGAUAUUUCCUUCUCUGGGUCUGGAUUCCUGGCUACCUAUCAGCUCGGGGUUGUUCUGUGCUUCCUGAAGUAUACACCCUGGAUCCUGCAAUCGGCUCCCCACAUCCUUGGUGCAUCUGCCGGAUCUGUGGUAGCAGCUGCAGUUGUCUGUGAAAUCAACCCAGCUGUCAUUCGGGAUGAGAUCAUCCUUUUUGUCAAACAAGUGAUGGCUGCCCCACUUGGACCACUGACCCCUUCCGUCAAUGUUUUCAAGUGGUUGGAAAGUGUUUUGCACAAGCACCUUCCUUCGGAUGCACACCAUUUUGCAAAUGGUCGCCUUGGUGUUGCUGUGACACGACUGUCAGAUGGGAAGCACCUAAUCAUGUCAGAAUUUCAGUCCAAAGAAGAUGUAGUGAAAGCUCUCCUCUGUAGCUGUUUUGUCCCUGGAUAUUGUGGCUUUCUGCCUCCAGCCUUCAAAGGAGUGCACUAUCUUGAUGGUGGCUUGAGUGGAUUCCAGCCCUUUUUCUCUGAGCCAUCCAGCCACACACUAACUGUAUGCCCAUUCUCUGGAGAAGCUGAUAUAUGUCCAGCUGAUCCUCCUUCUAUGAUGGACCUGGUAGCUCCUGGAACUUUUCUAAAGUUCAACAUGGCUAACACCUUCAGAAUCAUCAAUGGUCUUUACCCUGUGACUUUAGAGGCUGCAGAGCAAGCCUUCAAUUUUGGCUACAAAGAUGCCAUCAACUUCCUUCAGCGCAAUGAUGUUGCUCUUGCUAAGAUAGGGCAUAGUGUAUCCCACGGGUCCUCAAAUGGUAACUCCACCAAUCCAAAGACAUCCAAAGUAGAGGAGCAGAAGAUGAAAGGAGGGGAACAAACCGACCUGAAAACAUUUUUUAAAGAACACAGAUGCAUGCAAAUGUUCAGCUCCACCGUGCAAGAACCCAGUGAAGAUCCUCUUCACCAUUUUUACUUAAUGAAGAAUGUUCUGAUGGGGAAUGUGACAACUUACCUGAGUAUGUUUGGGUUACCAGUGAGGAUCUUCUCUCAUCUGCUUCUACCUCUCGUGGUGUCAUUCUAUGCUGUGCUCCAAAGGAGACAAGGACUGAAGAUGCUGCUUAAAGACAUCCCUGAGUUUCUUGUUUGGAAUUGGUAUUUCAUAGGGCAUUGUGGGCUUUUCUUCCUGAACAUUUUCAUCUGUAGCCUCAAGAAACUAAUAAAAGACCGGUUAACACGGAUCAUCUUGCUGCUGCAAUGGCUAAGGGUUUACACAUAGCACAAAGACAUGUGAGAGGAGCAGGAUUUAUUACUUUCUGAUGUACUUUUUGAUUUCAAAAGAAAUCAGCCGCAGGAGCAUUUGAAAAAUGAUGAGUCUCUUUAUCUCAGGUUCAUGGAACCACAGAAAAACAGUGUAUGCUUGUGCAAUUAGCAGAAAUGUAAUGAUAUAUAUUCUUUUGGGUAGGAUGUUAGAGCUGUUUAGGUUUAACAAUAUAACCAAUUAUUUCCAAUUAGGUUUUAAAGAAAAAAAAUAACAAUAAUAUAUAUAUAUAUAGUACUCUACUUCUGUUUCGUUUAAAUCCAUCAUUUACUAAAAUUAAAGCCAGAAUGACUUACAAUAUGAUGUACUGAUGUAUUUUUCAGGUGUAAAGCCUGAGAGCCUUUAAACCUGAAAACAACAUUUAAGUUGUUUUAGAUUAGUUGAUUGAAUUUAGCUAUUAAAAAUAAAUCAGUAAAACUCAUCAGUCUCCUAAUUUUCCUGUUUUCAUAUUUUUUGAGCAGCAUUUAGGAUUAAAAAAGUACAGCGAGCUUAAAUUGUAGUUUAAUGAGUAAAGAUGUACGAUUUAUUGGCAUUAACAUUAGUAUCAGCCGAUGUCAGCUGUCUUUUUUUUUUUCCAUAUCUAUAUUGGUCUUUUUUGUUUGCGAACACUGUGGAGACUGUGAGCUUGAUUCAGUAAAAUUACAGUGUCUGUAUAAAGUGCACUACUAUCCCAGGUUUAUUGACGUAAAAAAAUUACACCAUGAUGACCAAUUUAAAAACUUUGUUGGCAUAUGUGACAUUUACCUAAUUCAGCUUGACUACAAACAUAGAUUUGUAAAAGAAAAAAUUUAAACCAUGUUGCACUAGUGUGAACACUCCUAAACAAUUACAAGGUUGAGGCUUUAUUGACUUUUGGUGGUACAUCAGCUAGAAUUUCUCUUCAUCCUCAGCUUUCUGACACACAACUGCAGGAUUUUAGUCUAAACCUGCUGGUAUAUUAAAUAGUAAAUAGUAAAUAAAUGGCUUGUCCUUGCAUUGAGCUUUAUGAAGUCCAGAGGACCCCAAAGUGCUUCACACUACAUUUAGUCUGUCUGUUGCUUUUGCACAAUGAGAUUAUUUUUUAUCCCUUUUCAUUGCUCUACAAAAUAUGUAUUAUUACAUUGUUUAUACUUUUACCUAACAGAUUAGCUUGUUUAUCAGUUGCAUUAUGCUAAGCUAAUAUUGGUAAGAUUCUAAGAAAUUUGGGGCUAUAGUCAUGUGUCAGAAGCAGACAGUAAUUGAACACAUUUAUAACCGUUACAGUAAUUGAAAAUAUUAAGCACUCUGAUCCACUAAAACCACAUUUAUUACAAAGUAUAAAAUGCUGACAUUUAUGAAUGUCAGGCUACUGUCACAGACUCUUAUUCUCACAGGGAAAUACAGAGUUACAGUCUGAUUUUCUUGUUUGUUUCUGUUUUGUCUGUUUUAUUGUGUCCUUUGGUGUUUUUCACAUUUAGAGAGAAGGUGUGGAGAAAAAAUGCCUUAGGUCUGUGAUAACAGUUACCAGGAACGGGUAUGCCUUGUUAAACACUUCUUUUGAAUUCAGUGUGUUGUUCACAUUUUUAUUGCUUGUCCAGUCAGUUUCUCUAAAUUUUCAAUACAUUUUUUUUUUCUAAUUUUUGAUUAGUGCUGCUAAGUUUUUCAAUAAAUGUGUUUGGAUUCUUACUUUUUUUUUUUUCUUUUAAAAUACACUGACAUGUUGCUUGAAUAGAUAAGACAAUAGCAGUAGUCAAAGUUAAGUCACUUAAACAGUAUUAGUUCCAAUAAACUAAUACGUACAUUUCAUGGCUAGUCGAGAAGUUGAAUGUUAUACUGUUUUAUUCAUUACAAAUCCAGUUCUGAUGGAUGUACGGGAAUAUUUUCUGUUUGAAACGUCCAGUUGAAUCCAAGUUUACACUCGCUGACUGAAACUGGCACUUUGAAAUCAAGGCAAAUUUGUUAGUUCAUCCCAAGAACCUAGUUUCUGAUGACAGCAUCAUCCAGUGAUACACACUUUGUACAAGUUUGGACCAAGUUUGUUGAAUAAUGAAUAGCGAGAACUGCCUAUAAGUCAUUUAACUUUAACCUGAAAUUAACAACGUAAUAGUC